UCAGGACAGUUUCGCUUAACAUUUUUGUAAUCACCGUGUGAGAUUUUUUAAAUCAUACUUAACUGUUCUGCCUUUUCAGUACAUUUAGGGAGAACUUUCUACUCACGUUUUUGUGUAAACCUACUGAAAAUGGCUGAUAGCAAACUGGCUGUGACCCAAUGGAGCCCUUCGUUUGUAGAAGACCUUCUCCCUGCGGCUGAAAAGACGGCCCUUCUGUACCAUCUCUCUUACCUGUGCCUGGCCAACUUCCCCAACCUGGAGAGGAUCAUCAGGAGUCGGGCUGUGGAAACCCAGCUCCUCUUUGGGUCCUCUGAUGCAGCCAUAUUGAAAUGUAUUUUGACCAGUGAAAACCUGGUUCAGUCGCUGUUUCCCAUGUUGACAACAGCUGUAGAAAAAAAUAAGCCAGUUUUGGCUGUCAAAUACCUGGCAAAGGCACGAGACUGGAUCAAAGACCUAAUCAAGGAUGUGGACAGGAUUGUGGAAAAGUAUGAGUUACACACCAAAGAUAUAGCAUCGUCCGCUAGUGAUGUUGUCAAGGAAAAAUCAGAUACAGACAAAAAGAUUGCAGAGCAAGACCAGGAGCUGAAUGCGAUUGAAAACACUCUGAAUGUGCUGAAAUCUGAUCUCCAAAACACUAACGCGGAACUUGCUCAAACUGAGAAGAAAAUUACCGACAAAACUCAAGAGAUUCAAGCCUUUGCCAAAUCCAUAAGCCAAACCAGCAAAGGCCUCGGCAUCUUCGCUGCAAUCGUGCCAUUUGUUGGGCUAAUCAUCAAAAGCAUUUAUGAUGCUGUAAAGAGUCCCGAACAAGCUGCGCAAAUGAAGGCACUUGAGGCAGAGUUGAAUAAUCUGAUUGCUGAUAAAACCGCUCUGAAACAAAAGCAGUGGCAGCUCCAGCUCCAGACGAUUGACUGGCAGAUGAAGGCUGCCAAAGCCAGUUUUGACCGGAGUUCCAUACCUGACCCCAUCCAUCUAAGCGAGGUGCAGGGCAGCUUGACCAAAAUUCAGGAAAUUCUGAUUCAGCUCAAAAACUUCUGGGAGAGCGUCGCUCAAAUGCUGGACUACCUAGAACAAAGGACCUUUGUUGGAGAAGAUCUUAUUGAAGACCUUAAAGAGCUAAAAGAUGAAUUUCUUAAAUCAAUCACCGCAGCCAUAGAGGCUUGGAGCAGUUUUGGUGCAGGCUGUCAGAAAGCUUCUGUCAUCUUUAAGCUCCAAGCCAAAGAUGCCUACAAGUUCCUGGAGGUCAGUCCUUCCUCUCUCUCCAAGGAGGAAUGGCAAAAGGAGUAUGAAGAUGUCAAGGCACAACUAGGGAAAAUAGACCCCUCACCAAGCCUGCAGUCCUCAGAUGGACAUGCUAUUUGUCAGUGAUCCUCAGAGCACCAACAUGCACAAGUGCAUUAUUUCACUUCUUUUCGGUAACCUGGAGUGAACACAUUUAUUACUGCUGAAAAGUCGUGUAUGCCCCUCUGCUUGAUGCUUCAACACUGCAUAAAUCAUGUCCUCUGUGUGUGCUCUGUAUGCACUUUUACAACAAGAAUGCUGUUAAAUGCAUGAAAAAAUGAAUGAAAAAACAUCACAUUUAGUGAAUAAAGUUUGCUAACAUUCCU